CGGGCGGGCUCCAGCCCGGGCUUGCCCGGCGGGGCAGGGCGGUGCCGCCGCUCGGUGAAAGCCCUCGCUGGCGCCGGCAGCCGUGCCCUUCCCUGCUCCUUCCCUCGCGUCCACCUGAUCUCACGUUCCGCCCUGCUGCUGGCGCCGCCCCCUCACCUCCUGCCUCGGGCGCGCCUCGCUCUCCCGCCCGCGGCAAGCCGCGAAAGGGACCGCGAAGGGAGCCGCCGCCCCGGGCAGCUGCCGGGAAAGGGAUCGGGACUGCAAUUCCUGUAAGAGAAAGACUGUUGGUUCCAGCGACAUGGAGAAUGAUGUCAUCUUUAAGUUCCAUCAGCAGCUUUUCCAUAUUAGUGAAAAUCUGGUGACUGAAGAUGUAGCAGCUUUAAAAUUUCUCUGUACUGACUUGCUCCGCCUCAGUAAACUAGAAAGUGUGAAGUCAGCAGCAGACAUCUUCAAGCUUCUUAUGGCUCAAGAGUAUCUGAAUGCAGAAGACACUUUCCUACUAGCUGAACUCUUAUACAGAAUUAAAUGUCACUCCUUGCUCAAGAAACUUGGUUACACCAAGGAAAAAGUACAAGAACAUCUGCAUGAGAAGGGAAGAAUAUCUCCAUACAGGCAGAUGCUGUAUGAAUUGUCAGAGAACAUCACCAGUGAGAUGUUGAAGGAAAUCAUAUUCCUCCUGCAAAACCGUCUUCCAAAGCGAUGGAUAAUUCUUUCUGCUUUGGAUUUGCUGACUUUAUUGGAGAAGCAGGGCCUUUUAACUAAAGACAAUGUAAAGAUACUGGAGGAAGUCUUUAUGACCGUUUCACCUGAUCUGCUGGAGACAAUAGACUGCUACAAAAAGGCAAAAGAUAACAAGGCAGCUAAUUUUACACAAGGCUUCCCUGAACUAAACCUGAAGCCGCAUGGAGAAUUCAGCAAUGUAGAAAAUGAAUCCAAGACUAUGACAAGCUACAAAAUGGAUGGGCCACACAGAGGAUUUUGUCUCAUUAUUAAUAAUGUUGACUUCAAUAGUUGUCAGAGGAAGGGUUCUUGCAAAGAUGCUGACGAACUGGAGAGAGUAUUCACGUGGCUUGGUCUGGAUGUGAAGAUUUACACAAAUCUGACAUCUGGGGAUAUUAUAAAUCUCAUGGAAACUUGGCAGAAUGUGCAAGAUCACAAAGACAGGAACUGUUUUAUAUGUUGUAUUCUAUCUCAUGGAAGUUCAGGAGCAAUCUACGGGACAGAUCACAAACUUGUGUCAAUCCGCGUGCUUAUGUCCCACUUCACUGCCAAACGAUGUCCCCAGCUGGCUGCAAAACCCAAACUCUUCUUUAUCCAAGCAUGCCAGGGUAACAAUGUACAGCGUCCUGUCUUUGUUGAUACUGAUGGACCAGUUCCUGACUCGUCUGCCGUGCAAGAGAGAACUUCUUCUUCUGAAAGUAUUCCCGAAGAGGCUGAUUUCCUCCUAGGCUUGGCCACAGUUGACGGAUGUGUCUCUUUCCGUCACAUUGAAGAGGGUGCUUGGUAUAUUCAGUCCCUCUGCAGCAAGCUGCAGUUGUUGGUACCAAGGGGUGAAGAUAUUUUGUCAAUUCUUACACAAGUUAAUGAAGAUGUGGCCAGACGUGUUAGCCCUUCAGGGACAAAGAAGCAAAUGCCCCAACCAGCAUAUACCUUGAGAAAAAAAAUUAUAUUCCCAAUACCUAUGGACCCUCCUCCUUCAGAGCAAUGUCGAGGCUUUUAAAACACAUCGUUUUACCAUCUUAUUUAAAUGCAUUUUUAAGAGUUAGCCAAAAUCCUGAGGAUCUGUUAGCUUCAAUGCAAGGUCUCAUAAAUUUUUUGUCAAACAAAUUGUGAAACUGAAGGAGACACAGUUAAAACAAUCCAUGUGCCAGCUAUUUACAUCAUCUAUAUAUUCAGAGUUACCAGUGUUGGAAGAACCACACUUCUGUCAUGUUAAAUAUUUUUGUAUGUGCACAGGAUGCAGAUACAAAAGAUUUUUCCUGGCAGCAUAGUGAUUGCAUGUCAGCUCUCAUAUUUAAACCAGGAUUGUUAAUGGUCUGGUUUAGACUCAUCAUGUUUUAUUUUGCAGGCUAACAAUUUUAAAUACUGUUUCUAAAUCCAUUAGCUAUGUUCAUAGAGAGAAAAAAGUGGGAAUAAAGAGACAAAACCUGAAGUAGUAAGUGGAAAAGGAUUUCUUCAAUCUGUAAUGAAAAUUACAUUUAACUUAAUAAAGACCAGUUACCAACUGAAAUCAGCAAUUUCUUCCACAGCGCACACAGAUACCCUCAAAUGGCUAACCUAAACUUCAUGAACAAUGAAAUUUUCCAAAAGAGAAUUAAGCCAAAAUUCUGCUUUUGAAGAUUUGAGUGCUGUGAAAUUCAGCAGUUAGAUUAACUUUAUUAAGCAUUAAUUUUUUUAAUUAUCUUUUGUUGGUUUAGGAUCUACAAUGCAGCCAGUUUGAGAAGGCUUCUAUAGACUAAGCUGCUAAGAAUUUUUUCAGUUAACUAAACAAUACCAUGUUGUUUUGUUAUGAAGACUUAACUAUGCAUGCCUGUGUCUUUCCUGUUUGUUACUACAUUAAAUUCAUACUUUUCAAGAGCUUGGUGAGAUAAAAAUUUUGUAUUGGGGUAAGGGUUUA